AUGGCCGCCGCCGCUUACCCUCCCCUCGAAGAGCGCCCGCUCAAGAACACCAUCUGCUUGUUCGAUGUCGAUGGCACCCUUACUCCUGCGCGACUGACCGUCGCCCCCGAAAUGCUCUCCCUCCUCUCCGCCCUCCGCCAAAAAUGUGCCAUCGGCUUCGUCGGCGGCUCCGAUCUCGUCAAGCAGCAAGAACAGCUCGGCUCCUCCUCGGUGGACGUCACCACCCUCUUCGACUUCUGCUUUGCCGAGAAUGGCCUUACCGCCUACAAGCUCGGCCACCCGCUGCCCUCCAACAGCUUCAUCAAGUAUAUCGGCGAGGACCAGUACAAGGAGCUGGUGCGCUUCAUCCUGCACUACAUUGCCGACCUGGACAUCCCCAUCAAGCGCGGCACGUUCAUCGAGUACCGCAACGGCAUGAUCAAUGUCAGCCCGAUUGGUCGCAACGCGAGCACGGCGGAACGCAACGAGUUUGAGAGGUUCGAUAAGGAGGCGGGUGUCAGGAAGGAGAUGGUGGAGAAGUUGAGGGAGAGGUUUGGACAUUUGGGUCUUACCUUCUCCAUCGGCGGUCAAAUCUCCUUCGACGUCUUCCCCACCGGCUGGGACAAGACCUACUGCCUGCAGCACCUCGAGAACGAGGCCAAGAAGCCCAACGGCGUCGAGUACACCACCAUCCACUUCUUCGGCGACAAGACCUUUAAGGGCGGCAACGAUUACGAGAUUUAUGAGGAUCCUAGGACUAUUGGUCACUCGGUUACCGGUCCCGAGGAUACGGUGGCUGAGUUGAAGAAGCUUUUUGAUCUUUAG